AUGUCCAAAGGAAAAGUCUUAUUAGUUCUCUACACCGGUGGUGAACACGCCAAACAGGAAUCGCGCUUGUUGGGCACCAUCGAAAACGAAUUGGGGAUCCGCAAGUAUAUUGAGGACCAAGGGUACGAGUUGGUGACCACGGCCGAGAAGGACCCCGAGCCCUCGUCCCAAGUCGACAAGGAGUUGGCGGACGCCGAGAUCGUCAUCACCACCCCCUUUUUCCCAGCCUACAUCACCAAAACCAGGUUGGAAAAAGCCCCCAAAUUGAAGAUUGCGAUCACGGCCGGAGUCGGAUCCGACCAUGUGGACUUGAACGCAGCCAAUGACCACGGCAUCACCGUGGUGGAGGUCACGGGCUCCAAUGUGGUGUCUGUGGCGGAACAUGUCCUUAUGACCAUCUUGGUGCUCAUCAGAAACUUCGUACCCGCCCACGAACAGGCUGUUGGCCUGAGCUGGGACAUCGCGGGGGCUGCAAAACAGGAAUUCGACUUGGAGGACAAGGUCAUUGCCACGGUGGGUGCAGGCAGAAUCGGAUACCGUGUGUUGGAGCGGUUGGUGGCAUUCAACCCCAAGAAGUUGCUCUACUACGACUACCAGGACUUGCCAGCCAGUGCCAUCCAGAAGUUGAACGACGCGUCCAAGCUCUUCAACGGGCACGACAACAUCGUGGAAAGAGUGUUAAACUUGGAGGAGUUGGUGGGCCAGGCUGACGUGGUCACCAUCAACUGCCCCUUGCACGAGGACACCAAGGGCUUGUUCAACAAGUCGUUGCUUUCCAAGAUGAAGAAGGGCGCCUACCUCGUCAACACCGCAAGAGGCGCAAUCUGUGUCGAGCAGGACGUGGCCGAUGCCGUCAAUUCUGGCCACUUGGCUGGCUACGGUGGUGACGUCUGGUACCCCCAGCCAGCCCCCAAGGACCAUCCAUGGAGAUCCAUGAAGAACCCAUACGGUGGUGGUAAUGCCAUGACUCCCCAUGUGUCUGGAACCUCUUUGGAUGCGCAGGCUCGGUAUGCAGCAGGUGUCAAGAAAAUCUUGGAAAGCUACUUCUCUGGUAAGCACGACUACAAGCCAGAGGACGUGAUUGUUACUGGUGGUGGUUAUGCCACCAGAGCCUACGGUGAAAGAGACCAAAAGUGA